AAUCCCGAAUCCAGACUCUCUCUAUUUCCAUCCCUCUCUAUCUGUCAAUCAGCGCCGCCUUUGAACUGAAAACCACUCCGACCAACUUCAACUCCCUCAAUCCGAGCGCCUCAGCUCCGUCUCCGGCUUCUGUUUCUGCCAAGAUUGCCCUCUUCUUUUUUAGUUUUGAGCACUUACCCAGCCAAACGCCAGUGCGAGUCCCUAAACUUAAACUCCGGAUUCGGGGAUCACACCAAGAUCAAGGGUUUAAAAAACUUUUGGUGUUUUUGGCCCCCCGCAAAAUUAGCGCUCCUCAGGAAACAUGCCGCAGCUCAACGGCGGUGGAGGAGACGAUCUGGGCGCGAACGAUGAAAUGAUUUCCUUCAAAGACGAAGGCGAGCAGGAGGAAAAAAUUUCGGAGAACUCCUCUGCAGAAAGGGAUUUAGCAGAUGUCAAGUCUUCUCUCGUUAACGAGUCGGAAACGAAUCAAAACAGCUCUUCGGAUUCGGAGGCGGAAAGACGGCCUCCGCCUAGAUCUGAAAGUUUCAGAGACAAAACAAGAGAAAGUUUAGAGGAGGCUGCGAAAAGGCAAGAUGGAGGGCUGUUCAAGAGCCCACCGUACCCGGGCUAUCCAUUUAUAAUGAUUCCCGACCUCACGAGCCCGUACCUCCCGAACGGAUCACUCUCUCCGACCGCACGCACAUAUCUACAGAUGAAAUGGCCACUGCUAGAUGUUCAAGCAGGAAGUCUUCAGAGUAGACAAGCACUUAAAGAUGCCAGGUCACCCUCUCCAGCACAUAUUGUUGGGCCCUUCUGCUUGGAAUUUCCUGGACAGAGAGAUCUGAGUCUUCACCAAUUACAUUUGUCUAAUAAGGUCCCUGUGGUACAGCACCCUCACCAUGUGCACCCGCUCACACCUCUGAUUACCUACAGCAAUGAGCACUUCACGCCUGGGAACCCCCCUCCACAUCUACAAGCAGACGUGGAUCCCAAAACAGGAAUCCCAAGGCCUCCACAUCCUCAAGAUAUAUCCCCUUACUACCCCCUUUCAACUGGCACUGUAGGCCAGAUCCCCCAUCCGCUAGGAUGGUUAGUACCACAGCAAGGUCAACCAGUUUACCCAAUCACAACGGGAGGUUUCAGGCACCCCUACCAGACUGCCCUCACUGUCAAUGCAUCCAUGUCAAGAUUCCCUCCUCACAUGUUACCACCCCAUCACAGUUUGCACACUACAGGGAUCCCACACCCAGCCAUCGUCUCAUCCAACGUCAAGCAAGAGUCCUCUCACAGUGACAUCGGAUCCCUCAACAGCUCGAAACAUCAGGAUGCGAAAAAGGAGGAUGACAAAAAGAAGCAGCCACACAUAAAGAAGCCUCUGAACGCGUUCAUGCUUUACAUGAAGGAAAUGAGAGCCAAAGUGGUGGCUGAGUGCACACUAAAAGAAAGCGCAGCUAUCAACCAGAUCUUAGGCCGAAGGUGGCACGCUCUUUCGCGAGAGGAGCAGGCCAAAUACUAUGAGCUAGCCAGGAAAGAACGACAGCUUCACAUGCAGCUCUACCCCGGAUGGUCAGCACGAGACAACUAUGGGAAAAAGAAGAAGAGAAAAAGGGAAAAGCAGGCAGGAGAGGGCAAUGAGCACAGAGAAUAUUUUCCAAACCCUUGCCUUUCACUCCCUCCGAUUACAGAUCUGAGCGCCCCAAAGAAGUGUCGUGCACGCUUCGGGCUUGACCAGCAGAAUAACUGGUGUGGCCCAUGCAGGAGAAAAAAGAAGUGCAUUCGCUACAUUCAAGGUGAAGGCAGCUGUGCCAGUCCUCCCUCUUCGGACGGAAGCUUACUAGAGUCCCCCCCAUCCUCCCCCUCCGUGGUCUCUCCCUCCCCAUCCUCGAAUGAGUCCAAACCACAGACUGAACAAAUGCAACCUCUCUCACUGACUAUGAAACCACCCCCCCUGCUCUCGUCCUCCCAACACCAACACCUCUCCAUGGCUCCGCCUCCACCUUCAGUUCUGUUGGACAACUCCGGGACUGGUAAAACAUCCGGCCCGGCACACAACGGCUCGUUGGAUCCCUCAGACAUGUCGUCAUCUCGACCCACAGGCUCCGCCUCCUCCAGGCUCACAUCGGCAUGUCAUUCCCAUUCUCUACUGUCCAGCCCAACACAACCCCUUUCGCUCGUAACCAAGUCAAUAGACUAGCUUCGUUUUUUUUUUUUAAACCUGCUUUCUUUGUCGUGUGUCUUCAGUCUCUUUUUUUUAUAUGUGUUUCAAUUCAAUUGUUUUUCUGUGUGAUAUGGCUUUGAAAAUUUGUUCAUUUUUUAUCAAAGUUCAUUGGUCAAUAUUUGACCUGUCAUUAUCUAAAAUAAAUGAAAUUAUUAUGAUUAAAUAUUGAUAAUAAAAUACACUAAGUUGUAGAGUAUAGCUUUGUGAAUCUGCCAAAUUUUUUAUGAAUUUUUAUUUUGUUUUUUGCUUUCUUUUCAACUGUACAACAGAAAAUUCAUAAUUGUUAUGUAAUUUUGCAUAGACAUGUUUAAAGACAUAUAUACAAAGUAGGUGUGGAUUCAGAAAGCCCUUUUCUCAUAGAGUUGGUUCUCCUUCAUUAUUUGUAUUAAAUACGAGCUUGUGAACCAGUCAAUUUACAACUGUCCAAAACUCAGUGGGCACGAGGACCGUGGAAACACCUCUCCAAAUGAGGAACAACUUUUAAUUGUGAUGUCACUUGUUCUUGUUUAAAUCUACAGAAAUAUGCGGGGAUUACUGUGUUAAUAUACUUUGUUCCAUUGCGUUGUCUGUAUAUUUUUCUUUUGUCAUUGUUUACCAGGGGAGGGAGUUUGACUUGGUUUGGGGUGGGUGGACUCGAUUAGAGGGAUG